AAGUCACAUAAUUCAGAUAACGCAUAAACCCCCCAAAUCAGACAGACACAUUCUAUAAACCCUAUCGAUCUCUCUUUCUCCGUGCCUGUAUCUUGUCGAAUUUCUUUCUUCUUCUUCUUCUUCUUCGGCAAUCAUGGCUUCUUCUCUUACCACUUUACCUUUCUUCAUCUCACACCCAAUUCAAAAACCCACACUUUCCUUUCACCCACCCUCCUUUUGGGGGGACCCUUUAAACUUUAACAAUUCGCAGACUCUAAGUUUUCAAACCAAAAAGCAUGUCCGGUUUUCUCCCGUUCAAGCUUUAGUAAAGAGAAGAAAAGAGCUUCCUUUUGACAACGUUAUUCAAAGAGACAAGAAGCUCCAACUGGUCAUGAAAAUUCGCAAGAUUUUGCUGAGUCAGCCUGAUAGGGUUAUGCAGCUUCGUGAUUUGGGUAGGUUUAGAAGAGCAUUAGGGCUUCAAAAACGGCGCCGCUUUAUUGCGCUUUUGAGGAAGUUUCCUGGGGUCUUUCAGAUUGAGGAAGAAGGGGUUUACUCUCUCAGAUUUAAGCUAACACCUGAGGCUGAAAGAUUAUAUUUGGAGGAGAUGAAGGUUAGAAAUGAAAUGGAAGGUUUGUUAGUAGUUAAGCUAAGAAAGUUGCUCAUGAUGUCCUUAGAUAAGCGAAUUCUUAUUGAGAAGAUAGCUCAUUUGAAAACUGAUCUUGGGCUGCCUUUGGAAUUUCGAGAUACCAUAUGCCAACGAUAUCCGCAGUAUUUCAGGGUCGUGAGAACCGAAAGAGGCCCGGCUUUGGAAUUAACUCAUUGGGAUCCUGAACUCGCCGUUUCCUUCGCUGAGCUGGAGGAAGAAGAUAAGCUAGCUGAGACGAGGGAUUUGAUCAUCGAUAGACCACCCAAGUUUAACAGGGUGAGGCUGCCCAAGGGGCUGCAGCUUUCGAAAGGUGAAAUGAGGCGGAUUUCGCAGUUUAGAGACAUGCCUUAUAUUUCGCCUUACUCGGAUUUCUCUGAAUUGAAGCCCGGUACAGCGGAAAAGGAAAAGCAUGCCUGCGCGGUUGUGCAUGAGAUGUUGAGUCUCAUGGUUGAGAAGAGGACGUUAGUAGACCACCUUACGCAUUUUCGAGAGGAGUUUAGAUUCUCUCAGCAGCUUAGAGGGAUGCUUAUAAGACACCCGGAUAUGUUCUAUGUAUCGUUAAAAGGAGACCGCGACUCUGUUUUUCUGAGGGAUGCGUAUCGUGAUUCUCAGUUGGUUGAUAAGAAUCGGUUGUUGCUGAUUAAAGAAAAGCUUCGUGCUCUGGUUGUUGUUCCUCGGUUUAGAGGGCGUGUGGUGAAAACUGAUUCGGAUGAUCGAGAGGAGGAGGAGGAGGAGGAAGAGGAGGAUUGGUCGGAUUUUGAUGAUCUAGUAGACAAUGAAAUGGGUGAGGAUGAUGACGGCGAAGAUGAUGACAUGCCUCCUGAUUUUGAUGAAGAUGAUGAUAAUGUAAAGAAGGGUCAAAGCAGCAAAGAGGAUGAAGAAAAGGUUCCUAGUCUCGUGUUCCCAGACGGACGGCCAAGAGAACGCUGGUAAAAUCGGAUGUUUUGUAUGCUAAUGAAACAUGCCAGAGUCUAAGGGGGAGUCUUGGAGCAAAAAGCCUACUCCUUUGAGUGAGAGUCAGGGUAAGGAAAAACUUGACUUUAAUUACAGAUGUUGAGUAGUGGUUUUUCCUUUCUUAAUGUGGGAUAUAAAUUGCUUGAAAUUGAGUAUGCUUUUUAAUGUAUUUUGGAACUUGGUGAUAGACAUAAAAUCAUUACUUUUGUAUGGGUUCAUUUAGAUUAUACAAUGUAAAAAAAGUACAUGUAA